AUCGUGAGCGAGCACCCAGCAGACAACGUAUGAUUACGAUGUUGUAAGCGUGAGAUUGUUUUCUUUCUCCUGAAAUUCCAAUUUAUUGGUUAGAUUAGCUCCCAACGAGGAAGUGUAUUGUAUAUUUUUAUUGAGUUGUUGUUCUCCCAAUCUUAACCUCUAUCAAUUUUUAUUUUAAUAUUUUCAAUUCUACCGUCAUCCAACACAAUCUCAAGCUUUUAUAGAUUGCAUUUUUUAAUAAAUACCUAGUUUCGUGGAUAAGUAUUAUUUCUUGCCUUGGUGAUUUCUACUUGGGAAAUGUUUACAAAUAGUUAUCAUGUUAUAUCAACAUCUUACUGUUAGGCAGUAUCCCCUCUUGUCUUGUGGUAAAGUAACAAUAUGUUAGUGUAGUGUAGAAUAAUGGCUCAAGCUGCAAGCGAAGAUAUCUUGGACUCUGUCCUUCUUACAACAUUCAAGAUCAAUGGAAGGCGUUAUAAAGUUCUUCUUAAUCACGGAACCUUGAUCUGGGAAACAGAAAAAUCUCCUGUCACAAGAUACUCGUUGCAGCUAAAUGAUGUGAUUGGAGUGGGUUACGACCAUUACCGUGACUAUUCUUGCUGCUUGAACAGUCAGAAUAAUGAUACUGUUGAAGAAAUCGGCACAGAAGAUUCAAUUGAAGAAUUCACAAGUCAUUCCCAUAGCAGCUUCCUCAUCCAUUACACUUUCAAAGAGAAAAAUAACAAAUGGGUAUAUUGUAAGCUUUUGGUGGCUCACAAAGAACCAAGAAUUGUCGAUAAAUGGCUUACAGUAAUCAAAUCGUAUUUGAAGGGGUUCACUCAACGCCCCAAAAACCUACUGAUUUUUGUCAACCCAUAUGGAGGUAAGAAAAGAGGUUUGAAGAUUUACGAGAAAAAAGUCAAACCCCUGUUGGACUUGGCAGGUGUGAAAGUGGAUCUCAGAAUCACUCAGCGAGCCAAUCAUGCUAAAGAAACGCUUUUGACCGAAAACCUUGAAGGUUUCGAUGGAAUUGCUUGCGUUGGAGGGGAUGGAACAUUCUCAGAGAUCAUGAAUGGUUUGUUGAUCAGGACAACCUUAGAUCAAGGGUUGGAUGCCAGUGACUUGGAUUGCGAAUAUCCACGCCCAAAAAUUAGGGUUGGAGUAAUCCCUGGGGGAAGUACUGACACUAUCGCUUAUUGUAUCCAUGGGACCACUGAUAUACGAACUGCAGUUUUACAUAUUGUAAUAGGUCAAAGUACUGGACUGGAUGUUAGUAGUGUCCACAACAAGAGUAAACUACUAUGCUUUUAUGCUAGUGUCAUGUCGUAUGGAUAUUUGGGUGACAUUAUUCGAGACAGUGACAACUUUCGAUGGAUGGGUCCAAAGCGCUACAAUUAUUCAGGAUUCAAGAGUUCAUUGCCAAUCAUGGGUAUGAAGGAGAGAUUGUAUUUUCUGUGA